AUGGCAUUUCGCGGUGAAAGAUUUGUUCUCGAUUUAGAUUCCGAUGAUGAUCAGCCCUCAUCUGCACCCCCCGCUUCCUCCAUCUCACUCCCUGGUAUGAUCGGCGAAAUUCGCGAACGCUCGCCCGCUGCCGCUCCAGCUCCACCCAAGCCUGCUGCAGCUGGGUUUCCUGCUCAUCGUCGUCGCGUAAAGCAGUCCGCUUUCAAACAACGUCGAGAAGGCUCUUCCAUUAUAACCACUUCAAUUGCUAGUCAGGAUGACGAGAAAAGGAUGAUUGACGAUGAAAACCGUCGGCAGUUAGCGUCCAUGUCGUACGACCAGAUCCAACAAGAACGCGAGGAGCUCGUGGCUUCCAUAGAUCCCUCGUUGCUUGAACGGUUCCUUCGCAGAGCCCGUAUUGACUCUGAGGAGCCCAAGACUGACACUCGGUCGAAUCCAUCUGCAUCCACCAAACCUCAGGUAGAUCACUCCGAAGCAGCAGCUCCUCCACCCGAGCCUGUUCCCGAAACCACACCUUCGACUUCUCGAGACAAACAAACUCAUCGAGAUGACCUUCCCCCCGCGCAAAUGCCUGACGACCUCCAACCUGCCUUUGAAUCCCCUCUUCCUAGCUCCGUUCACUUUCCCACUCCGCCGUUGCAACUUAAUCCCAUGCCUAACCUCGAUCCAUCAUCCCCGUCGUUUUUGUCUGACCUUCAAGCCCACUAUUUCCCCAACAUCACCCACGACCCGUCCGCUUUGUCCUGGCUUCAGCCCCCUUCCGCAGACUCGGAUGCACCAGACGCAACAUCAGCCUACCACCCGGCUAGCAAUGCAGAAGCCGUCCACCCCGCCGCGCUCCGCUUCUCCUUCCUCGGCACACUGCUCUCACCAACUACAUCUCUUGCUCUCCCCACGAACUUGGGUCUUCACCAUCAUGGUAAAGAUCCUCAUGCCGCUGGUUACACCAUACCCGAGCUAGCCAUCCUUAGCCGAUCCUCCUUUCCCGCUCAACGGUGUAUCGCCUGGCAGGUUCUGGGUCGUAUUCUCUUUCGUCUCGGGAAAUGUCAGUUUGGAGAACGUGGGAGCACUCUGGUAGAAGGACUGUGGUCUGUCAUUGAACGCGAGGGUGUAGUCGCUGCCAUGCUAGUUGAAGCCGAUGGUACGUCAACUGGGACAACUCGUUCAGGGAAGGGUUACGCAAAAGAGAAGCAGGGGCAGGACCCGACGAGGUCUCAAGGAGGCGUUGGUCAUCAUGCCAGUGCUACUGCGUGGGCUGUCGAAGGCGUAUGGCUUUGGCAGAUGGGCGGUGGUGGAGACCGAGGGGUUUUAAAAGAAGGGGCCGUUAGGUCUCAAUAG